GCCCAGCUAAUUUUUGUAUUUUUAGUAGAGAAGGGGUUUCACCAUGUUGUCCAGGCUGGUCUUGAACUCCUGACCUCAAGUGAUCUGCCCACCUCGGGCUCCCAAAGUGCUGGGAUUACAGGUGUGAGCCACUGCGCCUGGCCUGGCUGUCACAUUUUUCUUUCAGAAGAAGGUGAAUAAAACUUAAGGUCUCUCCCCAGCAUUUAGAUAUCUCAUCUGCAAGUCUUGAACUGAUGCUACCACCCAGUGGUUCCCAAACAAGUGUCUCAGAAACCAUAUGCACUCCAUGCAUUGAUUGUGAACCAAACACAUAAUGUCUCCCGAGUAUGUGUAUUACUGUCUUUCAGUGUAUGUAGCUACAUUUAUAGAAUAAUAAAAUACAACCUUAUUACAAUACUACUGAAUUCACAGUGGAUGUUUGGCAUAUAUUUUUCUUGGCUCACAGUUAAUAAACACACACACACACACACACACACACACACAACUAUAAUCCCUGUGAAGGGAAGCGCUCCCUGAAUUUUUUCCCUUUGAGUCCUUGUGCUUGGAAAGUUGGGAAUUAUUGUUAUGAACCACAUUCUGGAUAUAAGAACGUAAGUGUGGGCACUCUUUGGGGGUGAGGGAUGAAUACACAGAGGGUGACUUGGUACUCUGGAGUGGAUUUAGUGGAAGGUCUGAAGGAAAGCAAAGGACAUGUUUAGUUGGAGUUGGAUGGGAGGAGUUACAAGUGAGUCUAACCUACAGACUAGGUAUAAAGUUGGGUCUUCUGAUUAAAGGAAGAAGAGUUCGGGGAGUGAAUCUUCUGUCUUCCAGCUCUGUCCCCUUUCUACUCUUGGAGUUAGCAUUUGGGUGAACACCUUGUCUGUGAGGUGCACAAGUGGAAAAGAGGAUACACUCAACACUAAAAGCUCUUGAAUGUGGAUACCAAGUCUAAAGAAGAUAGAUACCCGGUUGCCAAGUGUGUGACAGCUAUAUUGUGCGUGUCAAGGCUGUGGUUAUGACCAGAGAUGACUCCAGCGGGGGAUGGUUCCCACAAGAAGGAGGCGGGAUCAGUCGCGUCGGGGUCUGUAAGGUCAUGCACCCUGAAGGCAAUGGACGAAGUGGCUUUCUCAUCCAUGGUGAACGACAGAAAGACAAACUGGUGGUAUUGGAAUGCUAUGUAAGAAAGGACUUGGUCUACACCAAAGCCAAUCCAACGUUUCAUCAUUGGAAGGUCGAUAAUAGGAAGUUUGGACUUACUUUCCAAAGCCCUGCUGAUGCCCGAGCCUUUGACAGGGGAGUAAGGAAAGCAAUCGAAGACCUUAUAGAAGGUUCAACAACAUCAUCUUCCACCAUCCAUAAUGAAGCUGAGCUUGGCGAUGAUGACGUUUUUACAACAGCUACAGACAGUUCUUCUAAUUCCUCUCAGAAGAGAGAGCAACCUACUCGGACAAUCUCCUCUCCCACAUCCUGUGAGCACCGGAGGAUUUAUACCCUGGGCCACCUCCACGACUCAUACCCCACGGACCACUAUCACCUCGAUCAGCCGAUGCCAAGGCCCUACCGCCAGGUGAGCUUCCCGGACGACGACGAGGAGAUCGUGCGCAUCAACCCCCGGGAGAAGAUCUGGAUGACGGGGUACGAGGAUUACCGGCACGCACCCGUCAGGGGCAAGUACCCGGACCCCUCGGAGGAUGCUGACUCCUCCUACGUGCGCUUCGCCAAGGGCGAGGUCCCCAAGCAUGACUACAACUACCCCUACGUGGACUCCUCAGACUUUGGCCUAGGCGAGGACCCCAAAGGCCGCGGGGGCAGCGUGAUCAAGACGCAGCCCUCCCGGGGCAAGUCGCGGCGGCGGAAGGAGGACGGAGAGCGCUCGCGGUGCGUGUACUGCAGGGACAUGUUCAACCACGAGGAGAACCGCAGGGGCCACUGCCAGGACGCGCCCGACUCCGUGAGAACUUGCAUCCGCCGGGUGAGCUGCAUGUGGUGCGCGGACAGCAUGCUCUAUCACUGUAUGUCGGACCCCGAGGGAGACUAUACAGACCCUUGCUCGUGCGAUACUAGCGACGAGAAGUUUUGCCUCCGGUGGAUGGCUCUUAUUGCCUUGUCUUUCCUGGCCCCCUGUAUGUGCUGUUACCUGCCCCUUCGGGCCUGCUACCACUGCGGAGUGAUGUGCAGGUGCUGUGGCGGGAAGCACAAAGCGGCCGCGUGACUCAGUUUCCCUCCCUUCUCCCUCCAUCCGCAGCCACAGGGGAACUCGUCUCUUACAUACUCUCAUCUCCUCCCCCGCUCCCUUCCAUUCCAAGGAGCGAGGAGGGCAAGCAGCCUCCCAGCUCCCUGGUACCUUGAGGCACCAUUCCAGCCAGGGACGCUGCCGGGUAGACUCUCCACUCCCCCCGCCGCCCACACUGCAGCAGCCACAUCCAUACACACACGCUCGCACAGUGUUCUGAGGAAGGAACCUUCGCCACAGACUCCUGUACUAUUAACAAUCUGUAACCAAGCUAACUGUCUCAUCCAUGUGUUGAUUUCCUGUUUCCUCCUCCCCCGCCUCUUCCAGUUCAAAGGAGUCUGCAAUUGGAACUGCUGAUUUUCGGUGGGUUUUGUAGUUGAUUUUUCCAAGAGCGUCGAAGACUCUCUUUCUCUUGGUUCACCUUGCCUGUCGCUAGCAAGCAUCUGGUUCUGCGGAAAUGGGAUGUGAGAAUGAUGAAACCCGACAGAAGUAUCUCAGCCUGCAGUCAGUUAUUAUGUAUAGGAGGUGAGCUAGUUAACAAACUUGUACCACAAAACAAUAUCGCUUUAACUUUUCUAAAGCCAAAUUUCCCGUGUAAGCUGCAGUUUCUAUCUUUAGCCCAUCAUCAUUUUCUGCCCCCCCAAAAUCUGUUGAAAUGAUUCACUGAUGCAAAACAUUCACCCGUAAUAGACUGAGAAUUGAGCCUUAACUUCAGAUUAACUUGUGAGAAUCAGGAAAAUUCCUUCAACUGCAUUGCAUCCUCUUGGACCAGGGCUAGAAUGGGGAUUUCAGGUUUCUAUGAGCCUCCCCGUUACCCCUAAAGUAAAACAUUUUUUAAAUUGUGUUGCCACCACUUCUAAAAAUUUAGCAAUAUUAGAAUAGGAUACUAGUGAAGUAAGAAAUUUUGCUUGUUGUUUUGCAAACCAAAUAGUUUCCUCAAACACAAACCAGUGUUCCCACGAACAAGUUCCAGUUGAGAAACACUAAGGUUAUGGUGAAUAAAACCAUAGGGAGCUUCCCCCCAACCCCUGGCUAUUUUAUAUUAAUGGGGAGAGGGGAUUUUUAAAUGUCAUAAAUUUGAAGAGUGGUGGGUCGCAUUUUCUUCAUGGGUUUAUGUUUUCGUUUUCAUUUUGAACUCAAUUUCACAUUACCAAAUUCCUCAUUUAUACUUGGGGAAAAAACAAGGCCAUAUGUAAAAACCCUUCCAAUGCCUAAGUGUCUUUCUCCUGCAACUCCAAACCCAGACUCGCCACUUUGGGUGCACAGGUGGUUAGGUCAGCCAACUGGUUCUGCCUGUCGCCUUGCCACGGAGGAGGCUUCUAAUUAGCUGGAAAAGAGUAUUUUUCUAAUACGUUGCAAGGAUUAGCCAAAUCUUCUUAUUGAAGAAAGAAGAAAAGUGAAGAGUGGUUACCUAUACCUAGCAUAGUACAAUCAGAACCUCGUGGAGACCACCGGGGACGGGCUUGUGGACGCCGGCUGUUCUUCCCACCACGAUCUUUCUGUGGUAACGGCCAGCAGAAGACAUGGCCUGCUCCCCACUCCCUUUCCCCACUCCUUUAUUGCACACAGGACACCAGUCUUCAAGGAAAGGGACUUUUUUCCAGUCUGCCAAUCAUAUUGGGAAAGUGCUAGCUGUGCUCACCUUCAUGGGGCUGUUUCCAGCUCGUCCACAAGCUCAUCGCGUUUCUUUAGUAGAUUACCGGUGUAAAUACCCAGUGUGCUUAUGAGUCAGUUAGUAGACGUCUUCAUUCAUUGGAGUAACUGGUUUAGGCUUUCCAGUUUGGAAAAGGAGCAGAGAGCUGUCCAUCUGGAUUGAUGGAAGAAAAGAAAACCUCAUCCAUGCCUGGAGAACAUCUAGAAAACCUUCAGCCAGCCUCCAGUGCUGUCGAGAGACCACCUUCCCCCGACCCGGAGGCACCUCCUUGGGGUCUUUCUCUAGGGUCUCUUCUCUACAAAGCACAACACUAAUGUUCGUUUCCUUAGACCUCAGUUCGAGUGCCCCUAUUUAUUUCAAUAAGAACGCACAUAUCCCAGCUGUUUUUUGUUUGUCACCUCUAUUUAGUUGUUACCUGUUUCUCUCUUCUUUCACCCCUUGUCCUUUUCCACCCUUUUAAGAGUUAUGCUAGCAGAUCUUACUCCACAUAUACUUUUUGGUUUGUGAAGGCAUCGGUUAAGGGCACAAAGACAGCCAUGGGGACAUUUAUGUAAAUACGUCUCUAAUUGCCACACUGCAGCUGAACAGUGUGUAGUAUUUUCCCAGUCAGCUUUGCCAUACUGACGUCAAUCAUUUGAGAGAAAUUAUUCAGAUUUUAUUUUUGUAUCUGUGGUAACAAAACAUUAACCAAAAGAUUUUCUGUCCAGAAGCCUCCCCGACCCCCCAAGCUAUUUGCUCACAUUAACAAAUUAAAGUGCCUGAAGCAUAAUUCAUUCUUUACCUGUAUACUAAAAACCCUGUUGUAUUGAUUUUUUUAUAAUAAGCCUUUUUACCUCUGUGUAAAAAAUAUAUAUACAAGUGUAUGAUGUACAUUUUAGUUCUUAACUUUUUUUUAUGGUUUCUAAUAUGUAUGACCAAUGUAGCCAUUGCUUUAAAAUGUACUGUGUAAAUAUAAACACAUCCUAUCAGA